AUGUUAAUACUAAAAUAUUUCUACUGGAUUGAUAAAAAUUGGCAACAACAUCAUGCACUUCUUCGAUGUAAACACUUCGAAGAGCAAAGUAAAAAUGCCAUCAAUUUAUGGAAUGAAAUUGAAUCGAUUUUCAAUGAAUUUGAUUUAAUUAUUGGAGACACACCGAUUACAACGGACGAGGGUGCUAAUGUUAAAGCUUCCUUAAAAGAUGAAAUACGUUUGCCUUGUAUGGCCCAUCGUUGUUCAACAGCUUUAGAAAUGGCAUGGGAAGCUACAACAAAAAAGAAUUCUGAAUUUGAUCAAUUGGUUAACAAUAUAUCAUCUCUUCGAUCUUUUAUAGCUCAUAGUGGUGGAAUUCAAGCUUCUCUUCCAAAAACAAUCAAGAAAAACAGUGCUACUCGUCCAUGGCGAUCAUAUUAUAUUGUUAAUGAAAGUGGUAAGUCUAUUUUUGUUAAUAAUAUUUCUUCUUGUGUAUUUGCCUGGAAAACCAUUUACUUAGAAGCAUUAUUAUAG